AUGGUGGAUGCUUCCGAGUUCCAUAGCAUUGUCGGCUGCCUGUGCUACCUCAUGAACACGAGGCUGGAUAUUGCCUACGCGGUGGGCAUAGUUAGCCGGUGCAUGGAGAAGCCAACAACACAACACAUGUCAACAGCCAAGCAUCUCCUUUGGUACGUAAGUGGCAUGAUUUCAUUCGGGUGCCAGUACAAGAUGCAGGAGACUCGGAUCCAAACUCUCAUCGACUACAUCGACAUUGACUUGGCUAGAGACACGGAUGAUCAAAAGAGCACCACCAUCAUGGCGUUCUUCUUUGGCUUGAGCUUGAUCAUUUGGGCAUUACAGAUGCAAAAGAUCAUGGUGCUAUCAUCAUGUGAGGCUAAGAUGGACGUCGACCAUGUCGGCACUAGGGAGCAGCUAGCUAAUGUGCUCACAAAAUCUCCCGGCCGCUUCAAUUUCAUCAAGCUCAGGGAGAAGAUGGGCGUGACUAAGGAGAGAGUGGUGCACCAUGGUUAG